AUGUGGAUCGAUCGGAGGGGCUGUUGGCCUGCUGGACGACAUGGAGGACAGGGAAUUCUCCCGGAUCAAACCGCCCUCUUGACAGCGCUCAAUCUUUGCUCCACACACGGCGCUCUCGCAGGGGGCAUUGUGGUACACAAAAUAAUAGCGGAUCCUGGGCUGGAGAAGAAUGUGAUAAUCUCAAAUGCGAUUAUCAACAUGUAUGGAAAAUGCGGCAAAAUCGACCAAUCCAGAGCUUUCUUUGAUAGAAUGUAUUUGCGAGACACAGUGUCUUGGAACACAAUUGUUUCAGCAUAUGCCCAAAAUGGGCAUCAGUCGGAUGCAGUGAAAAUGCUCUUUGUCAUGCAGCUCGAGGGUGUCAAGAUUGGAAAAAUCGGAUUCGUUACACUCCUCAAGGCUUGCUACGACCCAAUGUUCCUGCAGACCGGCAGACUCAUUCACUCUUGUCUUGCGGAGGAUGGUCUCCAUGAGACGGACGUCACCACCGGAACGAGCCUCGUUCAUAUGUAUGCAAAGUGUGGCAGCCUUGCGGAAGCGCGAGAGAUUUUUUAG